UCUGUCCUCAGUUAGCGACCGGACCGGAGGUGGGCAGUUGUGUUGUGUCGAGAGGUCCAGCGGGUCAGCGCGCGCGUCACUGGAGUCGUUUCUCUUCCGAGUCUUCUAAUUUCUGGAGCCCACCUAAGGGGCGGGCUUGUCUACGCCUCUCUUUCCUCUCCCAGCCUCCGAACGUGCGGCCGGGGCUCGCCCUCCCCUCACCUCCGCACCAGCCUUGUGAAGGGAAGCAGGAUGGAGUUCAAGCUGGAGGCUCACCGCAUCGUCAGCAUCUCCCUGGGCAAGAUCUACAACUCGCGGGUCCAGCGCGGGGGCAUCAAGCUGCACAAGAACCUACUGGUCUCGCUGGUGCUGCGCAGCGCCCGCCAGGUCUACCUGAGUGACCCGUGCCCUGGCCUCUACCUGGCGGGACCCGCAGGGAUUCCGGCGGCGCCGCCUCAGCAGCCCGGGGAGCUGGCGGCCGGGCCACCCGCCGGCUGGGGGGAGCCACCCCCGCCGGUCCCUCGCGCCGCUUGGCCGGAGACCGAGUCGCAGCCGGAGCGCCCCGCUGUCCCAGGCGAGCCGCGACCAGAAGACGCGGAGCUCGCGGCCACGAUGACGGGAGCCGAGGCCACUUUGCAGGGCGGAGAGGCGGAGGUGGCGGAAGCUGCCUGGCGCCGCGUAGAAGGUCCGCGAGAGGCUGCGGCCGGAGGAGCCCGGGGCCCGGCCGAAGGCUCGGACGCCUUUCCGGAGGGGCCGGGGGCCGCGCGCCACCACUGCUGCAGCCCCCGAGGCGGGGAGGACAAGCCGGGGGCGCUGACCCGGUCCCCCCGCGUUGACUGCUGCUGCGCGCCCCGGCCCGCCCUGGAGGAGCCGCCUCCGCCGGCCGCGGUCUGCCCCAGGAAGCGCGGCGCGGCGGGGGUGGGCGGCGGCCCCGCGGGCUGCCAGGCGCCCUGCUCGACCCCGCUGAAGAAGCCCCGCCGGAACUUAGAGGAGCCGCCGAGCCGGGUAGAAGAGGAGGAGGAGGAGGAGAUGGAGACCGGGAACGUGGCUAACCUCAUUAGCAUCUUCGGUUCCAGCUUCUCCGGACUCUUACGGAAAAGCCCCGGGGGCGGCAGGGAGGAAGAAGGAGGAGAGGAGGGCGGUGCGGAAGCCGCCGAACCCGGGCAGAUCUGCUGUGAUAAGCCGGUGCUGAGAGACAUUAACCCUUGGAGCACAGCCAUCGUGGCCUUCUGAGCCCUCUGGAUCCCCGUUCAGGGAGGAGGUUGGAGCAGCGGGCAUCCUCGAAGUGAGGGCGCCCCCCAGACCGGCGGCGCUGUGCGCGCUGGGGAGACUGGUUGUCGCAGGGUAGCAGAAACUGCCCUUGGCCUUGGCAGCCCGACUGUGCCGUGACUUUGGGAGUUUGAGGGUUAUUCGAAGAGGACGGUCGUUAAGUUUUGUGUAUGUGUAUGUAUGUAAGUUUGUCUUGUUGAAUUAAGACUAUUUUGUCCUUCUUGAAUGCAUCAUCCUUUCCCCGGGGUUUCAGAGCUUUGGGGCAAACAGGGACUUUCCUCUGCCGGCAGCAUUGAGAAGGAAGCGGCAAAAAGGGUUGGGGAGUUCCCCGUCCCUUCUCUGGGGAGGAAGGGACUUUACACACACCCUUCAGAUGAAAGCUAGCACCGCACCAGGGCCGGGAGUGGCGUUUCCUCCCAGGAUUUCCUCAGACUAUAGGGAUUUAGUCUGAAGCUAGAGACUUGUAUUAUUUUUUCUCCUUCCCCGCCGUUCGCUCUCACUGAAGAAACGUUUAUAUCCUGUGAUUACUCUGGGAAAGGGGAAUAUUAACAGCCGUCUUCCCCACAGGAUGAAAAAGCUUGAUGAACUUCACAGAAGAGUUCAAGCUUGGAAAUAUGGAGUUUAUAGAGAAAAGAUUUAUUUUUAAAAGCUCUAGGUCAGUACUACACAGUGCUUUUAAAAAGUGUUUAAUGAAACAAAGUUUACAGACAGAAGCCCUAAGUGGAAAGACCUAAUGGUUUUGUAGAUAUGGUGACUCCAGUCUUUGUUGUAUAAAGGUUGGGGGAGCUGAUAAGGUUUUUGUACAGUAUUUUCUCCUUUGGUGUAUUGAUUUUUGUAUAAAAAUGUAACGUUACGUGUCUAACACGUAUUAAAUAUUUUGAAACAAC